AUGAUGAUGGAUAAUAGCGUGUCAAGUAGUAAUAAUGUUAAUAGACAUUAUCUACAAAGUGUGUUUAACUGUCCAAUUGUUUCGGAUUCAGGGAAGAAUACUCUGAACUCGUACUUAUUAACUACAUCCCUAGAUCAAGUCCGUAUACAUCCUGCCAUAUUACGACUUGGAAUGAGAAUGAAAGAAAGGUUAGUUAUCGGAACAAACGAAAGGAGUCGUAGUUUGCUUGUUGCUAUUGGUCAAAUGCUAGAGGACUACUUUUGUCCAGCAUAUAAGAAUAUUGAAAAACACAUCAAGAUAGUACUAGAUACGCACAUAACGUAUAUAACAUCGCAGCGACAACAUAAUAUUGCAAUGGGAAAUGUCAUAAAGUGGUUAAAAAAACAGAUUAACAGCAUCAAUCCAUCUUUGGAAACAGGUGUAAUUAUAAGUCAAUUAAUCAAUAACAUUAAAUCAUAUAUAGAUAGGAGGAUAAUUAUUUCAUGUGAACGAAUUUCCCAGAUAGUAUCUAAUGAGUAUAUUUCAAAUGGUGACGUCAUAAUUAUUUAUUCUUUUUCGAGUGCUGUGAGCAAAUCAUUGUACAACUCUGCUAAAUUAGGUAAAAAAUUUCAACUUAUUGUUAUAGAUUCUAAAAAUAAUCUGGAUACUAAUUGCCAAAAACUAACAAAGAAGUUAUCUUUACUUGGUAUAAAAAUCACUUAUACUUUAUUAAAUAGUUUGUCGUACCACCUAAAAUAUGCCAACAAGAUACUACUAGGAUCAUGUGCUGUCUUUUCAAAUGGUUAUGUGAUGAAUCGCUCGGGUUCAGCACUAGUAGCACUUUUAGGUAAGACACAUCAUAUACCUGUCUUGGUACUUACUGAAUCAUACAAACUAUGUGAAAGGAAUUACAUUCAAUAUUCGACAACUUUUAAUGAAAUUGUGGAGCAACCACUAGUGAAUAUUAGUGGAAAUACCGUCUCAUCAGUUAUUUCGUGUUACGACGUCAUUCCUCCAAAUUUUAUAAGUGCCAUUAUUACUGAGGAUGGUAUUCACUCAACAACGGCAUUUGCCCUGCAGCUAAAUAAGGACAGCCAUUAA